AUGACAACAAAAUAACUGUUCAAUAGAUAGUUUGAAUCCCAUAUCAAAGAAUUGUAGAUUUACUCAGAUGUAUUUAUUUAUGAUUCUAAUCCUUUAGUCAACUUUUGAUUAAAUCAAUAAUUUCAUUGAUUAAGUAUUCCUUAUGGAUUCUCUAAUGGCCAAGCCUUACAAUACUUAAUUAGAAUUAUUUUUUCCAAAAUUUGAUUCAUUUAAUUUUAUUGAUUUAUAGAAACUUUAAUCACAAAUUUUUGAAGAAGUGAAACCAUUAAUCAAUUAAAAAAUCAAUGAAAAAGAUCAAUUUAAAUUAUAAUCAAAUUCAAAUUCACAAUCAUUUAUAUAAUCAUAAUAAUCAUAAUCAAUAGAAUAACCAUAAAUUAAAUACACAACCCCUGAAUUGAAUUUAUAACAAUUUAAGUAUUAAAUAAUAAAAGAUUAUUCAAUUUAGGAAGCAUAAAGAUGUCGUGCAAUUGCAAUUAAAAAGGAUUGUUCAAUUGUAGCAGUUAAUUGUGAUAAACUAAUAAAAAUAUUUUAAUUCAAAUAAGGAGCAAUGAAAUAAAUUCAAAUCUUAAAUGAACAUAAAAAUAAUGUUACUACUUUAAAUUUCAUGUAAAAAUCAAAUUAAUUGAUAUCUGGAGAUUAUGUUGGUAAUAUUGUAAUUUGGUAAAAGAAUAACAAUAAUUAAUGGAAUCCCUCAUAAAAAUUUAAAGGACAUAGUGAUUAUAUUAAUUGCUUAAUUUUAAAUAGCAAUGAAGAUCUUUUUAUAUCUUGUAGUGAUGAUAAAAUUAUAAAGUUUUGGAUUAAACAAAAUGAUUGGACCUAUUAAUAAUCUAUUACUAAUCAUACUGGUUCUGUUUAUUCAAUAAGUUUAAACGAUUAACAAGAUACAGUUAUUUCUUGUGGAAUAGAUAAAAUGAUAUUAGUAAUUGAGCAUUCUGAAUAAUUUAAAAGAUGGUUUGUAAUAUACAAUAUAACAGUUGAUUUUUAUGGUAAGAGAUUAUGCUUUAUCAGCAAUAAUCUAUUCACAUUUUAACCAAAUGAUGGUAAUUAGAUGCAUGUGUAUGAGAUGAAUAGUGUAAGUAAAUAGUUCACUAAAACAAAAGAAAUAACUAUAAAUUAAGGUUUUGAUGAUUGGUAAUUAUUUCCAUAAUAAUAUAAUAAAUAAAAAUAGAUUCUAGUAAAUAAGCAUGGUGAAUAUGUCAAUUUUAUAAAAAAAACAGAAAAAGAUGGAUUUAAAGUUGAGUAAUCUAUUCAAUUUAAUACAAAUGAAUUAUUUGGGUAAUUGAGUGAUGAUGGAGAGUACUUUAUUUCUUGGGAUGGCACAUCUAAAUAAAUAUAAAUAAGAAGAUAUAGGGAAGAAUGA